CUAUAGAGUUGUUGUGUUUAUAUAUCAUCUUUAUGUCUGUGUAGGCUGAUGCUUGUGUAGGAUGUCUUCAGUGAAUUUCACUGGGAAGAAUGUGGAGGAGUUUACCAUCACUGGCUUCGACCACCUCUCUCACCAGAAGCUCCUGGGCUUCCUCAUCUUCAUCACCUAUUUCCUUGUGCUUCUGGGAAGCGGCACCAACAUCUGCAUCAUUUUGACGGACAGACGGCUGCACACGCCCAUGUACCUCCUCAUCUGUAACCUGGCCGUGGUGGACAUCAUGUUCACCUCCAGCACCAGCACCACCAUGAUCUCUGUCCUGCUGGGCGAGGUCAAAACCAUCUCCUACUACUCCUGCAUAUCACGCAUGUACAUCUACCACCUGUGUGACAUCACAGGGUGUCUGGCCCUGUCCGUGAUGGCUUUGGACCGAACCAUCGCUAUCAGCAACCCUCUUAGGUACCACAGCAUCCUGACUAACGCACGAAUAUUUGUGUUAAUCAUAGCUUCCUGGUUCAUAGGUAUAAUAUGCUUAGGAAUUGCUCUUGCUUGGGCAGACUUUGACAACCUUCCAUACUGCCAGCCAAUCAUUAGGUACGUCUUUUGUGAUUACCCAGCUUUAAUCAGGGCUGCCUGUGUCAACCCUGAACCUUACUUCCUGAUUCCCACCAUUCUGGCUCUAUGGCUCCUCGCGGGCCAGUUUCCCUUAAUUAUACUGUCAUACAUUAAAAUCAUCUACACACUCCUGAGACUGCCAAACAGUGAGAGCAGAGCACAGGGGUUUAAUACCUGUAUUUGUCACAUUAUUGUGGUGUCCUGUUACUACGCUCCCAAGUUAGUCUCUGUGUUGUUGACGAGGAUAGGGGUGAGGCUGAAUCUGACGGAGCGUAAUGCUUUAAUGAUUAUAGCCACGCUGUUACCUUCUCUGAUCAACCCUACAAUCUACUGUCUGAAGACCAAGGAGAUUAGAAAGAGAUUGGUUCAGAUACUGUCUAGAAAAAAAAGAACUGUAUCAAUAAAAUGUCAAAAAGGGUGA